AUGAAAAUAUCUUUUAAAUCUAUCUUAAAUAUUAAUUCAUUUUUAUUUUUGAUUGAUUAACAUUUUCUAAUAGGAAAUCAGUUAUUAUUUAUUAGAUAAUUAGUACGUUUAUUUUAUAUUCUUAAAUUCUUUAUUCAUGUUUGGUUGAAUGCUAAUCAAAAAGAAAUCUAAAUUCAAAAAUAAUAAAUAAUUGAAAAUUUUAUAUUAAUAAUAAAAAUCAUUAUUAUUUUAUUUAAGUUAUUAGUUUGGUAAGCAACUCAAUUAAUAAAUCGAUAUUUUAAAUAGCCAAGCAAAUAUAUUUCAAUGUCAGUUGACGACUAGUUUAAGCAGUUAUUAUAAAGCGAAAAUGAUUAUGAAGAUCAAAUUGGCUUAUUUGUCUCUCAUUUUUCUUCUGAUGAGGCUAGUGCAUAAAAAUUAGCGAGUAGAAUUUUUAAGACAAUUAAUUCGUUAUUUACUCGUAAGAAAAUUCCAAUAAGAUACUAUUUAUCAGCAAGACUUGUAAAAGAUCUGAUGAUUUUAGAUUAAAACAGAUUUGAAAAUUUAUGUGCAAUUGAAAUUAUCCCAUCUUAUAAUAUCAUCCUUUAGAAACUUGCUAAUAGCAAUAUAGACUCAAAAUUAUCAGAAUACUUUGGAGAUUCAAUAUAAAACGACAGAGACAGAGUAGCUGCAAGAAAGUUUUUUUAAAUACUUCUUGAAAGCGUUUCAGUUUGGGGGAGAUAAAUUUAAUCAAAUCAAGUUUUUAGAGACAAUUAUUAACAGUUAAAGUAGAAAAAUGUUCCCUUCCCCACAAGAUUUGAAUUUUAUGACAACGAAUAAUUUGAAGACUACUACGAUAAUUAGAAUAUAGCUGGAUAAUAUCAUGGAGAAUAAAUUAGAUCUGAAGAGUAAAAAAAUUAAGGCAACAAUGGAAAAAGUAAUAACUAAUUAAAUGAGAAUUUAGCGAAGUACCAAAGCUUUCAAAAAAAACUUUAAAGCUGUGUAGAUUAAAAUAGAUAAAACGAAAAUUAACUUAAGAAUGAAUUGACAAUACUUGAAAAGUAGAUUAAAGAAAAUAUUGAGAGUCUUGAACAAGAUUUGCAGGUUUGCAUUACAAAUCAAAACUAAGACCUCUAACUUGAAUAGAUGAUGGAAAAAGUUUUUGAGUAUCAAAGCUAUUUCAUUGAAUUAGAAUAAGAUAUUGAAAAAUAUAAAAAUGGUUUAUUUGAUCCUUAAAGAUUUUUUUCUAAAUAUGGAAGUAAAAAUUAUUAAAAUGAGAGUAGAACAAAUCCUGGUUCAAAUAAAUAAUUUGAUAAUACCCCUACACCAUAGGAUAAUAUGAUUAGAAAUUCUUAACUUCCUUAACAAAAACCACCUAUUUAACAAAAUUUAUAUAACUUAAAUGAAGAUGAAGAAGAUAAUGAUGACAACUUUUAGCAGCAAUUCUAACAAAAUAAAAAUCAAACUUAGUUAUCAUAAAAGAAUAUAGAGCAGCAAAACCAAAAAUCUUAGAUUGAGCAAUAAAAGCUAUUAGAACAAUAGUAGCUAAAGGAAUAACAACAAAGAGAACAAUAAAUUAAAGAUCAAUAAAUCAAGGAGUAGCAAUUAAGAGAAAAAUAAUAAAAAGAAUAAUUAUUAAAAGAGCAGCAAUAAAAAGAACAGCAACUAAGAGAACAAUAAUAAAAAGAAUAAAAGUUAAGGGAGUAGUAAUAGUAGGAAUAAUUGUUAAGAGAAUAGUAAUAAAAUGAAUAAUAAAUGAUAGAGUAAUAAAUGAGAGAAUACGAAAUAGCUUAAUAACUUAUGAAAGACUAAUAACAGAAAAGCCAACAUUAAGCAUUGUCAUAAAUCUAAAAUAAGUAACCAUAAUAAUAAUAAGAAAAAUCCAUGAAAUUAUCAGAUUUAAAUAAAAUUAAAGAAUAAUAAAAAUAAAAAUAAAAUUUUGAAUCUGAUUAACUCGAAAAUGAGAAUAAUUUUAUGUAAAAUUAAGACAAACCUAAAAACUCCAAAAAUUAUUUUUAGGAAGAGGAGUUUUAUGAUCCUAACCGUGCAGUUGCAUAACAGCAGGAAUUUAAGAAUAAUAACAAUAAUAAUAAAGCAGAUAAUUUUAAUAGCUAAAGUGAGGUUGAAUAACAGAAUUAGCAAAUGAAGUUAGAUUAGAAAUUUAAUGACUAAAGCAGGAUAGGAUAUUAAAGUGAGUAUUAAGAAAAAAGUUUUAAGAGUUUUACUAACGAAUCUUACAGAAAUAAGCACUAUCAGUCAAUGAUUGUUAAGUCAAAUUCUUAAUCUAAAUUCACAAAAACAAUCAACGAAAAUCUUGAAAAGUACAUUCAACCAUAUGCUUCUUCAAAAAUUGGCUUCAAUCAGUCUAUUUCGAAUAUGGACAGAACGGAGUAAACUAAAUCAUAAGGUCCAGAAAAAAAGAAACCAGUUUUUAGCUAAAAUGAAAAGUUAAAAGAAGUAAAACAAGAAAAUGUUAACCUUCAAUCGAAAAUAGUUGAACUUUAAAGCAAUGUUAAAAUGCUAUCAUAGGCAGAUAAGAACUAAUAUCUAGUCGAAUUAAAAUAAUAAAACGAUGAGAAUACAAGAAGGAUUUAGGAGUAAAACGAAAUAAUAAAAUAAUUACAAGAGUCACUUGCUUCGAUUCAAGAUGAAAAUAAUAAACUGAAAUCAUAGGGCUCCUCACUUUCUAAUAAUUUGGAAAAUGAAUAACUUAAAAGUUAAAUAAGCAAAUUAUAGCAUGACUACUAAGAGUUACUUUAUCACCAAAGAAACACUCAAAGAUCAGAAAAUUAGAUGUCGUUCCCAGAUGGAAAUAUUGAAUCACAUCCCUAAUACUAAGCCUUGAUAAAAUAGAAUGAGGAUUUGAAAUCUCGUUUGAGUUAACAGGGAGGAUCUUCAAAUCAUGGUUCUUUAAUUCACAAUUAAGCGUCCAUGCCACCUUCAUCUAAUUUUCCUAUAUAGUCACCAAAUUCUUAGGCUAGGGGAAGAAUAGAUAAUUAUUAAAGCGUUCCUGCAGGAGGAUAACCAUCUAAGAGAUAUUAAUCUCCAAAGAUUUUCUAAGAGUUUAGGCCAAGAGGAGUAGACGAAUAAGUACUUCGUUAAUCAGUAGAUAGCUUAAAUAUUUAAGGGUAUCAAUCUAGUUUGAUGGGAUUAAGACAAUAAAAUCCUUAAAUUUAACAAAAUGCACCAUAAAAUACUUUUAACAAUAAUGGAUUGUAAUUAGACUAAUAAAAUUAAUAACGUUUUAAAUAAAAUAGCGGUUCCCUUUAUAAUUCUUAAGUAAAUCAGUCAGGAAAUAACCACUUUAAAUAGCAUUAACCUAUUUUUUCAUAAUAAUUACCCCCAAAUAUUAUUAGAAGAACAUUUGAAUCUCCUUAAUAAUAAAGCUAUAAAGGAGGCAUGGAUAAUAUUGUCUCUUAAUUUAAUGGAAGCGAUUAAUAAGUACAAAAAUUAAAUAUUAAGAGAGAAUUUAACACACCACCAUCCUAAUAGGGGUAGAGGAUCCCAAGUAGUGGUAAUGGGUAGAACAACCAUACAUCUCCAAAAAGGAUAUUUGAUGGAAUAGGUGAUAUGAAAGAUGUUUCUUAAAUACCUUCGAUUAUAUUUAAUGAUAAAAGAGAAGAAAUUGAAAGUAUACAGAAAAAUAAUUAGUCUACUCAAUCUUAUAAUGAAUCUGUUAAGGAAAUACUGAAUCCUCUUUCAACUAAGAAUAACCUCCCAUAAGAUUAGCAAUUAGUUAGUAAAAAUACCAACAAAAGUAAACCUUUGAAUUUCUCAGAAGUUAAAGAAGGGGAAGAAGUUAAAUUUGAUAAGAAUCUGUUUAGUUUAAUCUUACAAUAUGUGGCUAAGUUAAAUAGAUUCAAAGCUUCAUGUCUAAAAACUAAAUACCCUAUUUAUGAAGAUUCACAAGUUUAAAUAGGUGUUGUUACAAAUCAUCAGCAGCAGAAUGGAGGAAAUUAUUUUAGAGUUUAGUUGUACUAUUCAAAUAAAGGAUCAAGAUCUUUAAAAAACUUAAAAGUAACAGUUUUAGAUGAAUAAAAAAAUUAUUAAGUCCAUGUAAGUCCUGAAAUAAUUGCUGAAAUUGAACCAAAACAAUAAAAAAAAUAAGAAUUAUUAAUAGCCUAUUCAUAUAUGCCAUUUAAUCCUUGCUUUAUUAGUAUCAAUUAUAGCGGUGUUUCUCCUUUGUAUCUAGGAUUACCAAAUACAGUUAACAAAAUGUUCUAAUAUAAGGAUAUCAACAAAGAUCUUUUCAAAAGACAAUUUAAAGAAAGAAAAUAUAUUAAAUACAUUUACAUUCCUGAAUGCAAUCCUAAAUUUGCUAAAACUCAUCAAGAUUUUAAAAUGUACUUAGAAAAAUUAGUAGAUUUAAAUCCUGAGAGUGAAUUUGAUCACAUUCAAGGAACAUCUAAAUUUAAGAUGGGUCUCCAAUUUUCACUUGAUCAAUACUCAAACGAAAGAAAUCCUUAAGAUUAUUUAAUGAAAAUAGUGUGUAAUCCAGAUUAAAGUGCUCAUAUAUUUAUUGCAUUCAGCGACUAUAAUUAAAAUGAUAAAGUUGAAUUCAUUCUUAAUACUUUCUGUUUCUUGUUUUCUUCAAAUAAAGGCGAUUGA